AUGGCAGCCAAUUUCUGGCUUGUCCAGCUCGUCGUCAUCGGAGUCUUCCUCCUUUGCCUGGUCCAAAAUAGAAGCAGUCCAGUCAAAGCCAGCAGAAAGACCAUCCGUAGCAGCAUCCUCAGAACUGUCAGAGAAAUCGGAUUCGUCCUCACUUUGAGAAUCUUGACCAUAAGCGUUGUCAAUGACGCUGUCGUCAGACAUGACUUCAUCUUCGUCCUCUUCCACUGGUUGGUCUUCAAUCUCAUCAGUGAAGUACGAAGCUUUCAUACCCAGAGAAAGCUGUUUCUUCUCGAGGUCGACUGCCAAAAUCUUGACCUUGACACGAUCUCCCUCAUUGAACAGAGACUCAACAUUGGUGACAGGCUGGUUUGCAAUUUGAGAAUGGUGGCACAAUCCAGAGACGUUGAGCGUUCCGUCCAGGUUGACAAACACACCAAACUCGGUGGCUCUUCUGACGCUUCCUUCGUAGAUCUCGUCCUUUUGGAUCUGAUCAAACCGUUUGAGCAAGUCUGUAUCUCCAUUCACCUCACUGCUCUUCAACGUCAUCAAAAUCUGGUUCUCACCAUCGGCUUUGAUGAUCUUACCCAGCACAGGCUGGUGCACUUGGUAAAAGUGCUUCCAUUCUUUCAAAUAAGAGUCAGAAAGAUCAGCAACACGCACCAAAGCAUGGACUGUUCUUCCCAAGGCAACAUAGAGUCCAUUGUUUGCGACGUUCUUGACAAAUCCACGGACGACGUCACCUGGAGCAACAUCAGAAUAGGAUCCAAUUCUCUUGUUCUUGGAGUCCUUUGUACGCAGCGAAACGUACACCUUCUUGUUAGAGUUGUCAACUUCCAAGACGGUGGCUGCGCAGAUAUCAUUUGUCGAGAAGAUGUCGUCCAACUUGUCGGUGUAGUCGUUCAAUGCAUCUGUGAUGAAAGAAAUGGCAGACACUUGUUUUCCAAGCUCAACAACCACAUAACUUUCUCUGGUCUUGGUGACCUUUGCUGGGAUAACGGCAUCGUCAGACAGAUCCAUAAGAGAGAUACGGCCCUUAAGGUUUGGCGAGAUAGUGACCCAGACAAAUCCUCUGGCAAAGUUGUUGAUGUAUCCAACGAUCUCGUCAUCCAGAUGCAGAUCACCAAUGGAGGUCGGAACAACCGGCUUGGAGGAUUUCAAUGCACUCUUCUUUGCGCUGAGCUCCAACACAGUCUGGUUUGUGCGUUUGUGACUGAUUGGCAGGAAACGGUGGUUUCUGGAGUCGUGGUAGCCAAUGACCUUGACAUCCAGAACAUCACCUGGCUGGAAUUGAGAAAGAGGCUUCUUUUGGUCCUUGAUAUCGCUAACUUUAUCGAACAGCUCGCUGACAUCGAUUCUUCCUUGCAGAUUAUCGGACAACUGGACGUUCAGUUGAGUGCUCUUAACAGACCGGAUCUUUGCCUUGGUGACCUUACCGAGAGAGUAGUCAUCCAGAAGCUUGAUCGACUCGUCAACAGGGUUGACAGCUGGCUCAGACGAUUUGCUGGCCUGUUUUUUCAAAGACAGCAGGAAUCGUUUGUUAGCGUCGUCAACUCUGAUCACAUGACAGGUGAUGGACUGGUUGGUGACAAACAUCUUCUGGAUAUCGUCACCAGACUUCUCAACAGCAUAACGUGGAAGAACCAGUCCAGUAAGACCGUUACCGAAACUGACGAAAACUCCGUUGGCAGUAACAGACUUGACGUAUCCAUGCAACGACUCGUUGUUGAUCUCAAUGUCUUUGUAAGAAAUUGGCAGUUUCUCGUUCUGGGCGUCUUCAAUCAAAGUAGACUUUGCACUCAGCUUGACCACACGAGAUCGCACGUCUUUCUCAAGAACAAGAGUUGUGAGUUGAGCACCGAUCUCUAA